AUGGGGGAAGAAGGAGGCGGCGAUGGGCGGGGGUGGGGAAAGAAGGAGGUGAUAAUUGGCCGGGACGGAGAUGGAGAAAACUGGGAUGGCAACGGCGGGGGUUUGGGGAAGAAGGACACAGUGACGAAUGCAGAUCAUUGUGAGAAAUGUCCAGAAGACCACUAUCCAAACAAGGGUCAGGACCAAUGUGUCCCCAAAGUGAAAACCUACCUGACCUAUGAAGAAUGGUUGGGGACCGUCCUAGCUUUCUUUGCUUUCUUCUUGGCCCUCACCACAGCUAUUAUAUUAGCAACCUUCAUUAAAUACAUGGAAACUCCAGUAGUCAAAGCUAACAACCGGGACCUCUCCUACAUUCUCCUCAUCUCCCUCCUGCUGUCCUUUUUGUCCUCCUUUCUGUUCAUUGGCCAUCCAAGGAAGGUGACCUGCCUUCUCCAACAAACUGCUUUCAGCAUCAUCUUCUCUGUUGCUGUCUCUUCUGUGUUGGCCAAAACUAUCACAGUGGUGGCCGCAUUCAUGGCCACUAAGCCAGGGAACAGGAUGAGGGGAUGGCUGGGGAAGUGUUUGGCCAACUCCAUUGUCAUUUCUUGUUCCAGUGUUCAAGUUGGCAUCUGCACCAUCUGGCUGGGAAUAUCUCCACCCUUCCCUGACGCAGACAUGCACUCCCAACCUGGACAGAUCAUCCUGCGGUGUAACGAAGGGUCUGUUGCCAUGUUUUAUAGUGCCUUGGGCUACAUGGGCUUCCUGGCGACUAUCUGUUUCAUGGUGGCUUUCUUAGCCAGGAAGCUGCCUGGGGCAUUCAAUGAAGCCAAGUUGAUCACCUUCAGCAUGUUGGUCUUUUGUGGUGUCUGGGUCUCCUUUGUACCCGCCUACCUGAGCACAAAGGGGAAAUACAUGGUGGCUGUGCAAAUCUUCUCCAUCUUGGCCUCCAGUGCUGGGUUACUGGGUUGCAUCUUUCUUCCCAAAUGCUACAUAAUUGUACUGAGGCCUGAUCUGAAUAGAAAAGAACAUCUAAUGAUCAAAUGA